AUGAGUAGCACUGCCACAGCCGCAGCCACAACUGCGACGAGCGGCAACUCGUCAACGGCAUCACGAUGGACCGUCAACACCCUUCAACAACAACGUGCGCCGAAAAGUACGGUGAACAGCGUGCACCGUGCGCCGAAACGCCUGAAAAAGGACAGCGGAGUUGGCGAAGUUGACGAGGUCAAGAAACCCGACCAGUCGAUGCGCGAAACGCCCGCCUCCUCCACCGCGGCCGGGCCUUCCAAUUCGGACAAACCCACAGGUGAGUGAGGAACGACCACUCGUCUCCCCAACGUUCUGUCGCCGUGUUUCUCUUUUCGCUCACUUUCACUUGUUUUCUCGAUUUCAUUUUGAGAGUUUGAGGUUAUGUGAGGUUACAGUAGGGUCUUUGACCUGAGGUUUGGAAAGUUCUGACUAGUGGGGAGGUUGUUUUAGAUAAAAUUUUUAUUUUUUGUUACUUUGUUAUUGUAAAAUAGGGAAAAAAAGAUGGAUUUUUAUUACUUAAGUGCCCUAUGAUGGCUUAUAACUUCAUCUUUUGUUACCUAAAACUUAUUUUGAGUAAUGUUUUUUUUAUUUUAUAACUUAAUUUUUAAAAUUUUUGUUUUAAAAUUAAAAUUUAAAAAUUUUAACUUUAAAAAUUCAGGCACGCCGAUGGCCUCAUCAGACAGCGGAGUUGAAUCCAACGCAGACAUGGACACGGACGCCAACAAAACCGAAAAACAACGUGCUGCUGUAGCCGACUCACGGAACGGCGUAGCUUCACCAUCAGAAAGUUCAGCCUCAGAGAUGAGCGAAGUUUCAGCGCGGCGGCGAACGCUGAGCAGGCGGAGAACUAGCUCGAAUUCAAACAACGAAGAGCACGAUGAAGACGAGGAAGCUGGGAUGGCCGAGGAGGACGAUGUGGAAGAAGAGGACGAAGGCGACGUUGAGGACGAUGAUGUUGAUGAAGAGAUGGACAACUCACCGCCCGCCGAACAGUAUCGUCAACGACUUGACACUGAUGUGUCAGUGAGUCAGGAGAGUCGAGAUCUGAUCGUUUGUGGGAUCUGUCGACAAGAGUUCCAGUUGUCCAACUUUUCCGAGUUCAUCGAACAUAAAGUGACAUUCUGCUCGAAGAAGGAGGACAAUAACAUGUUUGGUGCGUCGAGAGGAAGGAGGAAACAAGCCAAUUCCACUGACAAUCAGCUGCCGUUAAUGAGGUCGUUGUCCGCCAACCUGCCCGGCAAAGAAGUUGGGACUGAGACGGAGAGUACAAGUAUGUUGCUUUAGGGGGUUUUAGCUUUAAUUUCUGGAUUUAAAAAGGCAUUUUAAAGUUUAAAAAUAAAUUUUAAGUUUUCUUUUUAACUAAAAUUUAAAUUUAGUCUUAAAGAUUAAAAAUUAAGUUGUUUUUGAAUUAAAAAUGACACGUAUUGGGCAGUUGUUUUUAGAAUUUUAGCUUUAUUUUGACUUUUUUAAUAAUUUGUUACUUAAAGUUUGGUUUAUAGUGACUCAAAGUUGAUAUAUAGCUACAUUUUUUAAACUUUCGAAAAGUAAUUGACCCAUUAAACUGUAAUAUUGUUACAAAUUCCCAAAAAUUGUUUAUUUUCCUUCAAAAUUCUACAAAUAUUUUACAAAGUGUCAAGCCUCACGUUACGUUUCCCGCCAUCAUAUACUAGUGGAAUGUGCGAUUCUGGAAGCGAUGCAUCUUAAAACGCGAAUACUUUUUUAAAACGAAUUUAAAGUGUUUUGUAAUAUUGCGCAUGACCGGCCGACCCGGUGGUUAUUUAAGAAAUUACGUGGGCUUGAGAGGGGGGGGGGAUUGGGAGCGGUGUUAAACGGCUGAGCAAACGUUGGGGGCCCGCCACGCUCUCACGGUGUAACGUUCUCUCCGAAACGUCGACCCUACAAAAGUCUCUUUGAUUGGCAAACAAACGUCGGUCGAUUUUGGCGUCGUCUUUGGUCGAAUGGUCCUCCGGUUUUGUUUGGUCCGGCUUCCUAUGACAACUUGUUGUUUGUUUGAUUUUGAGUAUUUUCUGACAAAAGUGGUCGUUCUUCAACUUUUUUUUGGAAAUGUUCUUGUCUUGGUAAACUUUUUUUAAAGAUUUUAUUUUCUUAUUAUUGGGUUGUUCAAAUAAUUCUGUGUUCUUUCUCACAGCACAUUUUCAGUGUUAAGGGGCUCAGAAUUAUUUGAACAACCCGCUAUAAUGCAUUCUUUUUGUUCUGUCUACCUAGUAUUAUCUUCUGGCAGCCAUUCCGGGUCUUGUGAUCAAAUCUGAUUUACCGGUCGAUUUUGAAACAUUUUUGACUAUUUUAACUUCACCGGUCAAAAAAUGUUGACCCUCUUUCAACUCCAAACUCACGUUUCAAUGACUGUUCUCAAAUCGGCUCAUUUCUUUAUUUUUGUCAACUUUAACCCUUUUCAUCUCUGCACUCUCUCCGUGUCUCAACACACUCCUUUUGUAUCUACAACAUCCUCUAUCUCUGUUCACGUUCUCCGCCUUCUCCCCCAUUCACUUCUCUCCCCUGCCAUUUUAUUUUGUUGUUUUGCGGAUCACGGCGGUCGAAGUUUCGUCGCUGACCCGCCCGGCUCCUCUUUCGGAUUGGUUUCCCUUUUCAGCCGGAGAUAAUGGCCGUGCUCGCAUAACGUAACAAAUGUGCUUUUCUGGCGUGAAUUUCGCGCCAAUUUUUCAUCUUCAAGAUGCGGAAUAUUGGCGCCAAAAUUUCGCGCAUUUUUUGUUGAAAUCACGUUUUGAGAAGCGGAAUUGAAGCGGCAGAUGGUGGGCAAGUCUUUGAAGGUCUUGGUCUUUUAAGUUUUUUUUGGAAGGAAGCUAAAAUAAGAAAUGAAAAACAUUUGGUUUUGUCAUCAUUUUACAGUAUCUUUUGGUAUUUAUCUUGUAUCUGGAGGUUCUUUUAGGAAAAAAAAAUUUUUGAAAAAAAGUUGAACGUGGUUGAUCAAAAAAUUUUGAAAAAAUUUGGCUUUUACUCUCUAUUCUCUUAGGCCUGGACUAAAAUUACCAGCUUGACUUGAACUUUAUUUUUUCUGCGUCUUACUGUAACUUUCUACCGUAUCUUCACUUUUCUUACUACUCAAAAAUUUCUGUCUUAAUUAUUGUGUUCCCUAUCUCAGAGACCUUCCCUACCUCAAAAAUGAUUUCCUGUCCCAGAGAAGAGACGAUGUCUAAGAUAUAAACUCCCUGCUGUAACCAAAUCCUUCUUCUUCCUCCUUCCCGUGACGUCUGUGCCGUCGGAAGAUGGUCACAUUUGGCCAGACGACUCCGUGUCCUAAUAUGUUGAUAGCAAAAAACAAACGCGAAAUCAGAAGAAAAGUCAAUAAAGGCUAGCCAAACAACAAAAAAAGCAAAAAUAUUAAGAAAAACAAACAUUCAUGACAUGGUUUUAAACAUGCAAUCGCAUACAUAACAAGGAAAUGCAUUGUCUCUGAUAGGGGGGUUGAUUUAGGGUUCUACGGUUGUGUGAUGACAUAAAAUAUCAAAAUUGUAAUUUAAAAGUAAAAAAAAAAAUAUUUUAAAAAUAAAAAAAAUCAUUUCAAAAUUUAAAAAUCAAUCUUAUAGUCCAAGCCGCCACCUCAACAACCUGCCGUGUGUGCAAAAAGAAGUGCCAAGACAUCUGGUCCCUACUACAACAUGCUUCCUCAGCUCACGACAUCAAAGUUGCUGAAGAAACACCCUCUGGCAACUCCUUCAGCGAGAACGUUGACCCUCUUGUCAAAGCAGAAACCACCUACAUUGCACGACCUCAAGCCGUAGCCAGUAGCACGCCGAAGCCAAAAGCCGCUACAAAGCCGAUCCAAAGCCGAAGUGCAUUCAAUCUGAACACAUUUUGCACUGAACGACUGAAGGAAUGUGCUGAACGUGCCAACAGUCAGACAUCGACUUCUGUCUCCAACAGCCUUCUGAAUACCCAGUCGUUGCUGGCCAAUAUUGUUGGACAACAGACUCAGUCGACUACACCGUUACUGUCUUCGGUGUUGAAUGCGUUACAACAGCAGCAACAAAGGUCGAGUAAUGUGCAGAACCCCUUCUUACAACACUUGUCAUCAAUGCAGGAAUACUACAGUAACCCGAAUGCCAUGUCUUUGUUGAACAGUUUGAAUCAGAUGGAGACACCUACACCUACUACAACACCCAAUCUGAAUGGUGUUAGCAACGCUGCUUCGUUCUUGUUAAACGGAAUCGCAUCGAAUUUGGCAUCAAACAACCAGCUGUCAUCGUUCUCUACUUCAACAUCCAUGCCUUCUACCACCAUGCCUGUCUCUACUCUGCCCAAUGUUGAUACCCCUACCCCAACGGUGGAAGCUGCUAUUGCGGCUGCCGCUGCCGCCACAACUUCAGCAUUGGAGUCGGGAUCUCCUCGGCGUCGGACAGCUACACCAUCUACAGGCUCACCUCACGCCAACUCGUUCAGUGCCGGAGGACCAUCCCCCAACAAACAGCCUCGUCUAAUGACACCCAGCCGCAACUCUUGUUCGGCCAUCAAUGUCAGUUCAGCAUUGACCUCACCGGCCGUCCACUCCACCACUACGGGCGGCGGUGAUGGGCUUCUGGAGGACGACGAGAACAAUCUGAUUGUUGUGGACGACGAACUGGCUGAGCCGGCUGCACGAAGGGAUUCGAAGGCGAGGAAGGACCGAUGUGACUACUGUCAGAAGGUGUUUACGAAUCGAAGCAAUCUGAUCGUGCACCUGCGAAGUCAUACUGGGGAGAAGCCGUACAAGUGCAACUUGUGUCCGUAUGCAUGUGCUCAGAGUAGUAAACUGACCAGACAUAUGCGAACUCAUGGGCAACAGGGCAAGGUAAGUUUUUUGGACUUUAAAAAGGUAACAAAAAAUAGUUUCAACACAAAGAAAAUGAUAUAAAACGUUAUUUGUUACCUAAAAAACGACAAAAAUGUUUCAGGAAGUGUUCAACUGCACCAUCUGCAAGAUGCCUUUCAGUGUGCAUUCAACCUUAGAGAAGCACAUGAGGAAAUGCGUGGUAAUGCACGGUUGUAACUCGUCUUCAGUCAACAACAAGUCUGAUGGAUUCAAGAGAUGUAGGUUUUUUGAAAAAUUAAUAAAAAAAAAUUUUGAAACACGUCCAAAAAUCGACCGGUAAAUCAGAUUCUAUCCCAAGAUUUAAAAAAGGCGGAGAAGAUAAUAUUAGGUUGUUCAAAUAAUUCUGAGCUAUUUAGCGGUGAAAAUUUGCUUUGAAAGUGGCUCAAAAGUUUUUGAACAGCCUAAUAUAAAUUUUUUUCUCUUAUUUCUCGCUGGAAAAUCAAAAAAAUAUUUAAAAAUUGAAAAAAAUUUUAAAAAAUUUAAAUUUGUAUCGAAUUUUGAAAAAAAAUUUUAAAUUUUAAUUUCAAAAAUACUGUAUAUUUUUCAGCUACACCAAUCAAAUCGCAUGCUCCAAUCGCGGAAGCCAAUUCGUUGUUAGCGCUUUCCAAGGCACCAGUCUCGUUGCCUGGGGGCACCACACCCUCGAGCAGUCUACCACCGAAUGUGGCACAGACCAACAAAAUGGUACUCGACUGGCUUCAUGUGAGUUUCAAAUUUGUUAUUAAAGUUUUUUUGUAAAAUACGGAUGUCUUUUGUUUUUCAACUUAUGUAUUAUAUUGAUCAAGGUCAAAUUUUUUAAAAUUUUUUUAUUUCUGAAGAAAUGCUGAUUUUGUAAUAUUAUAUCUGAUAGUAAAACGCCAAAAUAGAACCCUCUAAACCCACUGUAAAAUUUCUAGGCCUUGAACAUGAACGGUGCCAACCCGAACGGCCCCAACGCCGACUUUCAUCACGAUGAGGACGAGCUGGACGAUUCGUCGGAGUUGGUGCACUCGCUGCAGAAAGUGAUGCAGGAUGCGGUUCAGGUGAAGGAAGAACACCAAAACCUGUGA